UUUACUUGUUUUUCCCUGCGGCAUGAAAACAUUGAAUGUCUUGAGCAUGUUGACUAUCAGUUCGCUUCUCAGAUGAAAAUACAAUGAUGACAUCUCGCCCAAUACAUGAAGAAGUGUUGCACGAUGUUUCAAGCAUAUCAAAAUCGUCAAGUUCUUGUAACACCACCAGCGGCAGUGAAACAGAUUCAAGUUGUUACAGAGAUCAUGGAGAACAUUUGUCCUCGCUACCAACUAAAACAUCCUGUUGGAACAUUAAUUGUCUCGAAUCCCUUGGAAUCUUUUAUAAUACAACCUACCAUCCAUCCCCUUUAGAUAUAUUAAGCAUUGUUAAUGAAGAACUCGAAAUUUUUGGACCCUUGACUGAUGAUCAAAGAAUUUUGGUGGAAAAAUUACAGAAAUCUUUAAUAUUAAACACUAGCAUGUUUGAUGAGGAUAUACAUUUUAAGACUAAACUUGUUCAGAAAAAUAAAAGAAAUGCAGCUAUGUUCUUACCUGAUCUUGAAGACAAUAUGAAAAACUUGAGCAAUGAUCCAUGCCUUGGGACUGUGAAAAAUUUCCUACUGAAAGUGCAGCUAAUGAUUUCCUGCGAGGGUUCAUAUUUGUAUGGUAUAAGACAGACAGGUGCUCCAGAAGAAAUGGUUAUUGACAUUUUGAAAGAGUUUUGUUUAAUGUGUGAUAUUGUUCCUAUUCCAGGUUCAGCCAAAAAAUGUAGCAUGAAGAUUGAUAAUGUGAAUGUGAAAUCUUCCUCAGAUGUUGUCCUUGUUCCGAUGAAGUAUCGUCUAAAUGCUUUUGAUAAAGAGACAGCAAGUAUAGUGACGUUUGCUGAGGUAGAAAUGGUACAAGGAUUGCAGAACAAAAGAGAAACUAGGUCAACUCCAGCUGGAGGCGAAAGUGAUGUUAAACCUGAACCAUCAAUAUAUCAAGAUGUUCCUCCUAGAUUCCUUGGACAACAUGGAGGUGACCUUCUGAUUCAUAAAGAUAUUUAUGGUGGUAAUCUGAGCAAGGGUAGAAUGUUCCGAUACCUUCCAGGAAUGAUUUGCAUAGGAACAAGGGUUAUCUUUACUCUCCUGAAAAUAGCAGGGACACAUUUAAGAGAAAUAAUGACAAUGUCUAAAUGUGACACAAUCAAGACGAGUAGUAAAGCUACAAUCUAUUAUUCAGAGCCAAAAGAUUUGCUGAAGAAAGAAGAUAGAGACAUCUUAGUAGAGUCAUUUGUAAGACUUAACAAUAUUGAUGUAUAGGUGUCAUCAAAUUAUUUUUGUCUCUGGGCUAUUCCAUUAAAAUGUAUGUGGUAGGAUAGGAAGGGUCUUUCAAAAUAUCCCUACAACCAAGAACCAUUUUUUAGAUAGUUUUGCAUAAUGGUAAUAGACACAUGUAUACUGAAAAAAGACCCUUGGCCCACAUUCAUUAGUUAAACUUCCGUUCCUACACUCCCACAUACAUUAAAAUGGAUAAGCCCUCAUGAAAAAUGCAACAUGAAUAUAUAUUACAUGUUUAAAAAGCAUGAUUUUCAAUUGUUCCACGUCUUAAAAGCAAAUCUUAUAACAUUGUUUUCUAUACAUUUCUUGGUAAUUAUAGCUGUUCAAUCAAUUUUUUUGCUGAUCCAUAAUUAUAUUAGUUGAUCUAUUUAGUUCUCUACCAAGCUCUAGCAGUAAAUAUGGUAAUACUAUCCAUCAUUUGUACAGAAAAUGAUAUUUUUUAAAUUAAAUAUUUAUUUUGUAUAUAUUAUCAGAAGUUCUGAUUAUAAAUUGUAAAUUCAGCUUUCAUUCAUAGAAAAAAAACUUAAUGUCUAAUUCUGUUUUUUUAUUUUGUAAAAUUUUACGUUUUCGGAUAUGAUAUUAUAUUGCUAAAGUGACAUAUAGGUCCAAUGGGCCGGGUGUAAAUUUCAAAUUGCUAUGUUUAUAAUUGUAUGAAUGUAUGUUGUGAUACACAUGUCACUAUAAUAAAUGAUUACUUACUUACUUACUAAAUAGAUAUUUUAUUGAAUGAGCUGAAUUUAAAUUUAAAUGUACAAUAUAUAUAGUGCUGUCUUCCAUGUGUUACACUAAUACAUCAUUGCACUUUAUAGGAAAUUCAAUAUUGCAUUACAUCCCAGACUCUUCAGUAUAAUUUAUGAUGAAGCAUACAUUUGACUCUAAACCAAAUGGAAUGACAUCCUGUUUAUUCAGAUUUUUGUCAAUAUUUUUAUUAUCAUAAAAAUUGAAAGCAUUAUACAC